AUGUCCAGUAGUAUCAUUCGUAUCCUGACUGUCCCCGUGGGUGUUCAUAAUGGAUUUCUAAAAAGCAACAUUGCAUCGUAUGCGACAAGGAAGAAAAAUAAAAAAUUGUAUAUACAAGGAAUCUUCAACCAUAGUCCUAUGUGUUGGAAGUUAAAAUACUACAAUACAAUUCUCUUGAAUCAGAUUUACUUAAGUAUUUUUUUCGAAGAGUUGUUUGGAAAGACUCAACUUUUAUUCUUCAACAAUCUUCGUGCUUUUCACCUAGUCUUAGCUGUUGGAAUGCUACAUGAAAAAUGCGAACGCUCUAAUUUGGAUUUAGAAGAUGAGGCUCUACGUUGGUUCUUAAAUAAUAUAUGA